AUGUCGAAAAUCAUCACCGUCUUUGGCGCAACAGGAUUGCAAGGCGGCUCUGUGAUUCGUGCUAUCCAAUCGCAUCCUCAGCUUUCUCAUGAGUUUAGAAUCCGUGGGGUCACUCGAGAUCCUAGUAAACCUGCCGCAAAGGAUCUGGCUUCUAAUGGUGUGGAUAUAGUGAGGGCUGACCUGAACGAUGCUGACUCUACUACUACCGCAAUUGAAGGUUCCCAUACUGUCUUUGUGGUCACACAUUUUGAAGAUUCCUACUCCUAUGAUGUGGAGAUUCAGCAAGGGAAAAAUGCUGCAGAUGCUUGUAAAAAAACAGGCAUUGAACAUAUAAUUUUCUCCUCCCUAGUCGACAUUUCUCAAGCCAGCAAAAACGUCUUUACCAAGGUGUUUCAUUUCGACAGCAAAGCUCGUAUAGAACAAUAUAUUCGAGAUGUUGGGCUCCCUGCCACCUUUGUCCUUGCUGGCUCCUAUAUGCAAAACCAAUUUUAUACAAUUCGGAAAGAAGGUGACGGAUACGUUUUACCUCUUCCAGCAGGCGAUGAUAUGCAGUUCCCCUUGCUUGAUGUCGCUUCUGAUUAUGGUAAAUUCGUGAACGUCGCUCUCCUCCAGCGACAUGACAUGUUGGGAAAACGGAUAUAUGCAGCGCAGGAAUACUACCGCCCCUCUAGAAUAGUUAAUGAGCUAUCAGAGAUAUUGGAUAGACCAGCGCGAGUGCUCAGUCUUCCGCCAGCAGAAUUCCAGAAGCUGAUGCCGGACGCAAUGGCUGAGGAUUUGACUGAGAUGGGUCAGGCGUUUGUGUCGCCUGGCUAUUAUGGUGGUGCAGAUCUUGCAACGAGUCAAAAGUUGCUGCAAGGUAAUUUGACCACGUGGAAAGAUUUUGUGAAACACCACGCGGAACGGUUUCUUCAGGAUGCUUGACAUCACAUUACCUACUAUUCUCAUUGGGGGAUGUAUAGCACUUAUAGCUUGAUAGUGGGGAUGCUAACGCUUCUAAAUUUCCCAUUGAUGUAAAUUGAC